AAAUAAGGAGUACAGCCAGCCCUGGCUUGUUAGAGGUAAUUAGGUAAUUAGGGCUGAUAUGGGAUCAUGUGCUGCUGUGGUGUGGGACAAGGUGGCUGCAUGGAGCUGCAGCUUGAGGAGACAUCUGUCUGCAAGAAAGAGUCAGCCAAGCCUCUGAGACCCCCCUGCUGGGCUCCCCUGUGCCUUCAGUGCGAUGGCCACAGCGGCUUUCCAGGACUCAGCACCAGCUCAGCUUCGCUUCCCUCUGGCCACAGCCGCUCUGCUGUGGGCCAGCACCAUCACCAUGCACGUCUCCAGGCCCAAAUCUGCCAAGGGACAGAGGCCAAGCUUGAGCCACUGUCAGGGCACGGAAGCCUGUCCAUGCCAUGUGCCAUGUUCCCCGCUGGCAGCCUCUCCUCGGGAAUUAGUGAAGAGCCGGAAAGCACCGCUCACAAAAGCGGCGUUCCCACCUGUCCAGGUGUCUCCUGGGAAAAUCCCAAAGCUCCUGCAGCAAAUGCCUUUGAAGACCUCCUCCUCCUCCCUGAACAAGUACCGGGUGCUCCCCUCCAUCAGCCAGAAGGGCACUGGGAGCAGCGCCGUGGAAGCCUUGGCUGAACGGACCAACCAGCUGGAAGUGAGCGAGGGGCAGGAGGCUGCUCCAAAAGCUAUCAAGCCUUUUUCUGGAGGACAGGGAUCUGCCAGCACACUGUCAGGAAGUGGCAUUCCCACUGAAGAGAGCUCACACGUGCGCUGUGCCCCUGAGCAGUGGGGAGGGCAGGUGAGGCAGGAGAGCCCCUGGGUGCUCCCUGCAAGCCUGGAAGAGCCGCAAGUGCUGCUCGCUGUCCGGUCUCCCUCUGGGCAGAGGUUUGAGCACCACUUCAAGCCCUCUGACAGCCUCCAGACCGUCCUUGCUGUGGCAGGACAGAAACUGUUGGCCAACUACCAACACUGCAGCGUUGAAACCAUGGAAGUGCCCCGAAGGAGCUUCUCUGACCUUACAAAGUCCCUUCAGGAGUGCAGGAUCCUCCCCAAGUCCGUGCUGUGCAUCCGACAGGAUGAGCAGCACGAUGCAGCAGAUCUUUAGGCAGAGAGACUGUGGUCCUUUUGCUCAGUGAGGUGCAUUGCUUCUUCCAGAAACCUGAGAGUCUGAUACUUCCUGCACCUACUUCUUAAUCUUCUCCAGGAAGCAGAGUUACAGCUAUGUAAUAGUACUUGAAAUAGUAUUUCAGAAAAUAGUAUUUCAGAUGCAUAAACCUGAUUCAUACAGAACAGCCUGUGUCACCUGUGCCAUCACAAAUUUCUGCCUCAGCACCACCAACCUUCAGCCUUUCUGGUUUGUUGAAGUUCCUGAUGUUCUUUAAAAACUCAGAUUUCCAAGACCUCUCUCCUUGUCCUUUUCUACGUUUUGGGAAAGUACCACUUCUCUGAAUACAGAAGCACCAUUUGGGAAGGUAGAAACAGAACUGGUUUAGCUUCAGGACCACCUUCAGUAGCUUAUUACUAUCCUAAAUGUCUUCUCAAGAGAGUGAAAAGGAGAUCAAACCCCAAACCCAUCUGAAAAUAACAGUAAUAACACAUGAAUGAGUUAUUGUGAAGUAUUAAAUUGCAAGACAUCAUAAAAUAGCUGUGAGGACUCAGGUCUUUCUGGGUAACCUCAGUCCAGCUCUUAAAUGUGACUAAAUCAUCUUUUUAAGAACAAAUAAUUAUUAUUUUGGCUAUCUUGGGGAGCAACAGGAUUUUCUCCUUAGUUUUCCUUCUCUUAUUUGGCUCAUGUGAUCCAUAGGUAAGAAGAGGUGGAUAGUUAAGAAGGGAUGAUACAGAUAUUUCCAUUUAACCCCUUUACACUGAAGUGAGUUAUUCCAAGAAGCAAGUGCUGCUUUGGGAAUUUUUAUAUAAGAUAUUAAUGGGAUUUGACUGGGAAUUGGCUCAAGGAGUAAGCCAUCUUUACUAAAGCAUCAUUAAAAGGCUGGUUGGGUGACUCGGCAGGUUCAGGCAAACACGAUGUGCUUGUGCUAAAAAAGAGAAA